UUCACCAAAUCCCCUCCGCCUCCUACCCCCUUCACCAUAUCUAUAUAAACCCAUUUCUCUCCUUCCAUAUCUCUCAAGCCUCUCUCUCAUUCUCAUUUACAAGCAUGGGGAAAUCUGCAGCAAAGUUUGGGUUCAUUUGUUCACUCUCUGCAAUGGCUUUGGGGUUACUAACCAAGUUUCUUUUCCCUAGUUUGUUCUUCUCCAUCUCCCCAACCAUCCUUCCCAUCACUCUCUCCAUUGCACUUGUUGUUUCCUUCAUCUUCUUUGCCUUGUCCAGUUCCUCCAGAGGUCCUCCGGGUCCUGUCCCUGUCCCGAUCUUUGGCAACUGGCUCCAAGUCGGGAACGACCUUAACCAUCGCCUUCUUGCUUCUUUGUCGCAAAAGUAUGGCUCUGUCUUCCGCCUUAAACUUGGUUACAAGAAUCUGGUUGUGGUGUCUGAUGCCGAGCUUGCCAACCAAGUCCUCCAUGCUCAAGGUGUGGAAUUUGGCUCUCGCCCACGGAAUAUCGUUUUCGACAUUUUCACUGGUAAUGGACAAGAUAUGGUGUUUACCAUUUAUGGGGACCACUGGCGUAAGAUGCGUAGAAUCAUGACACUACCGUUCUUUACGAACAAAGUUGUGCAUAACUACAGUGGCAUGUGGGAGGAAGAAAUGGAUUUGGUUGUUCGUGACCUCAUGAAGAACCCGAAGGUGAAAUCUGAAGGGUUAGUCGUAAGAAAGCGCUUGCAACUUAUGUUGUACAAUAUCAUGUACCGAAUGAUGUUUGAUGCAAAGUUUGAGUCCCAAGAUGAUCCUUUGUUCAUUGAAGCAACUCGAUUCAACUCUGAAAGAAGUCGAUUGGCACAAAGUUUUGAGUACAAUUACGGAGAUUUCAUUCCUUUUCUUAGACCCUUUUUGAGGGGUUACAUGAACAAGUGCAAGGAUUUGCAGAGCAGGAGGCUAGCAUUUUUCAACGACAACUACGUUGUGAAAAGAAGAGAAAUAAUGGCUGCCAAUGGAGACAAGCACAAGAUCAUCUGUGCCAUGGAUCACAUUAUAGAUGCUCAGCUAAAAGGAGAAAUUAGUGAAGAGAAUGUGAUAUACAUUGUGGAGAACAUUAACGUUGCAGCAAUAGAGACGACACUUUGGUCGAUGGAGUGGGCAAUAGCUGAGUUGGUAAACCAUCCAACCGUCCAACAAAAAAUCCGAGAGGAAAUCUCAACCGUCCUAAAAGGAAAGGAAGUCACCGAAUCUAACUUGAAUGAGCUGCCAUAUCUGCAAGCCACAGUGAAAGAGACGUUGAGACUACACACACCAAUACCAUUACUAGUACCACACAUGAACUUGGAAGAAGCCAAGCUCGGAGGCUACACAAUUCCAAAAGAGUCCAAGGUUGUGGUGAAUGCAUGGUGGCUGGCCAACAACCCAGCAUGGUGGAAAAAUCCAGAGGAAUUUAGGCCAGAGAGGUUCUUCCAAGAAGAAAGUGGCAUAGAAGCUGUAGCAGGAGGUAAAGUCGAUUUCCGAUUCUUGCCAUUCGGUGUUGGAAGGAGAAGUUGCCCUGGGAUUGUUUUGGCAAUGCCAAUUUUGGGACUGAUCAUAGCUAAGUUGGUGACUAGUUUUGAAAUGAAGCCUCCAGUUGGAAUGGAGAAGAUUGAUGUGAGUGAAAAAGGAGGUCAAUUCAGUUUGCAUAUUGCCAACCACUCAACUGUGGCUUUCAGCCCUAUAACUGCUUAGCUUGGUCAAAGUGUUCACACUAUACAACAAUGUCCUAUCCUACAAGGUUCUGUUCCGUUCAGCUCAGUUCGGUAUAAAUUUUUUUUCUU